AUGGCUGUCACUCUAGGCCCUGACGACAAAGUUAUUGCCCUGAUGGGUAUGACUGGAGUCGGUAAGAGUUCGUUCAUUCAAUUGUUCACACCUGAAUCUGUUGGAGUCGGCGAGGACCUGGAGUCUUUCACGAGUCAGGUAGCCGUCUUUCCGUGCCAGAUGCCAAACAGUAAUGAGAAAUUCUACUUGGUGGAUACCCCUGGCUUUGACGACAGCAACAGGCCCGAUCAAGAAAUUCUUCGUGAAGUCUCCAGUUGGCUCACCAAGACGUAUGCCGACAACAUCAAGCUUUCUGGAAUCAUAUAUCUCCACAGAAUCAUGGACGUCAAAUUCACCGGAGCAGCGGUGAGGAACCUGUCCAUGUUCAAGAAGCUUUGUGGUGAUGGCAACCUGGCCUCGGUCGUGCUCGCUACCACGUUCUGGAGCAAAGUCGACCCGGACACAGGAAAUACGCGUGAAAAUCAACUCAAAACAACACCCACCUUCUGGGGUACCAUGGUCAACCGAGGCAGUCAAGUGUUUCGGCAUGACUCGGCAGAAAAAUCCGGUGCUGCAAUUGUACAAUACCUCCUCGAUCGUCGACAAAAGCCCGUCUACACCAUUCAAGACGAAAUGGUCAACGAGAAGAAGACGCUUGAAGAAACAGCGGCCGGGACCGAGGUACAGACUGAGACGGACAAAGUGAUUCGCAAGUAUGAGCAGACGAUUGCAGACCUCAAGCAAGAGAUAGCGGAAGCCACCCAGACCCACAACGAGGCGAUGCGCCAGGAGCUGGAAAGAGAAAAGAGAGAGCAUGAGGAGUUCAUCCGCAAGAUACAGCAGGAGCAGGAGAAGAUGAAGGUGGGCGACUAUGCGCUGUGGCAGCAGCGCGAGAUGGAGCGCGAGCAGGAGCGCCAGGAGAACAAGCACCGUAUGGAGGCCUUGAUGGAGCAGAUAUCCCACAUGGCCAAAGCCGACGGGGACAGGCAGCAGAAAGUGGCCGAGCUGGAAAAACAACUUGGGAUUGAGCGAAUGAAGUACCAGACGCUGCAGCGGUCCAAAUUCUCCGUCAGAUUCAAAACUAUGCUGGAGGAAAUCGGCGACUUUUUCCGCACGCUAUGA